CCAGCGCAUCCCCGGGAUUACGCCGCACGCCACUGUCACAGUCGGCGCAGGUUACAUUGCUGUGUCCCAGCACCAGCGAGGUGGGAGGCAUCAAAGCGAUGACUGAUGCCAGAUUCGCCGCGUGACCGUCGUCGCGAGUACUCUCCUCUCGGCACUGUGACUGUGUUUCGUACCGCGACGGCCGCGGGGCGGACGGGAGCGCAAUGGCGCGACCGCGGUCCCCUCGAGUUCGCCUGCCACCUCACUGACGAUGGCGUGAGACGCUCAGGCAAAAUGGCGGUGGGGGUGGUUCGUGGACAGGGAGUGCUCGUCGCUGCGGACGAGCACACCGCUCAUCUCAUCAACCUUGACACUGGCAAUCGCACAUCGAUCGCUCUCGAGCGCGUAGACACUAUCGACUCGCCGUUAUUCAGCGACCGCAACCUGAAGGACAAGGAGGCCAAGGUUUGGUCCGUCAACAUCACCGAUGAAUACGUCUUUGUUGUCACACAGUAUCAGGUACACAUCUUCACACACAUUGGAGAGAAACUUGCGGCGUACCCCGACCCAUGUGCCGACUAUCUCGCUCAUGCUGGAUUGGGGUUCGGUGUGGAGGCCCGGUAUCCAUACGGCAGCUUAUUCAAGCCUGCUCCCAAGACCCCGGCGUCCGCGCCGCCCGGCUUCAGUUUGGCGUGGACAUUGCAAUGGACGCUCGAGGGGGCGCACCCAGAUUCUCACGAGUUCGCCGAGGCGACCGAGGGCGCGUUUGCGUACCCCAGUGAGUGGGAUGACGACCAUUCGGACGAUAGUUCGGAUUGGCAUCUGGAAGAGCGCUUCCGAUUUGAGGGCAUGAACGCGUGGCUACAGGAUGUUUCAUUUACGACGGAUGACUUGGUCAUUCGCGGUCGCCAAGGCGGGAUAUUUAUCGUCCGCGACUACCGACGAGUGUUGCGCGAGGUGCGCGAUGUAGAGGAGUAUCGGGAACGAACAGCCUACAUCGGGCGCCACACGGUAGUUAUCGGAUUUCGCGAGAGCAACGACGUUGUUGCUUGCUACGGCAACCGAAUCGCCGUUCAUGCCGCUGAUGUACGUGUCACCCUCUGGCAAGACUGAAACCAGACUGUCGUCUUCCUCAUUGACACAACCCAACUUCCAUCGAUGCCAUGGCUCGGCGACGAGGAUGAUCAACCUUGUGCUGUUGUCUACGCGUUCGAGGUCUCCUCGUUGGAGGGAAU